UACCAAACCGUGAGUUUCGAGUAAGGUUAUCUUGAUAAAUUUUAUUCUAUGACUAUGGAUGACAGGGUUGAGUAGCGUGAAAUGGUGUUGAACGAGUAUGCGCGUGAUCACGACCGUUAGAAAAUUGCGCCAUUUUUUAGUUGUAACUAAGAUCAUUUUCUAACAUUUUUUGGUAUCAUGGUGAAAUAUUCAUGAUAUCCUGAGAAGUGGGACACGUGUGGUUUAGUGAUAGUGUGAAUUUUCCAAUUGCACGACUGCCCUUGGACAAAACUCGUCACUACGCUUCAUAGAAGUAGCUAGCAAAAGCUUCGCGCACGAGGCAACAUUUUCUACCGGGUUCAUUUGAGAAAAGCCGCUUUUUGACUGUAAACAAAAUGUCGGUGGAUGCCCUGAGCGAUGCGGAAUUGCGUAGCAAACUGAUGGAGUACGGGUAUCCAGUGGGCCCGGUAACACAAACCACUAGAAAGAUUCUCUUAAAGAAGCUAAAAAAUCUCAUGGAAACUCGAGGCGGCACAGGGUCACGACAUUCAUUGGCUGCCAGGUACAGCAGUGAGGAUACAGAUGAUGACACAAGUACAACGACUAGCAAAAAGAAGAAGACUACAGUGAGUAGUAGAAGGCAAACUUUAGCAAAUCCUAUGCCACCACCAGCAGUAGCAGCAUCCUCAGGUGUAAACAUAUCAAAAAAUCCAGUUAAAGAUAAGAUAACACAUCCUGAAUUUAAGGAUCCUACAGUGCCAGAUUAUGAUAGUUCUUCGCAAUUCACAACUCGUACGAUAACAAAAACUACAAAAAAAUAUAUGAAAACUAGUAAGACAUCAAGUAUAACAGAUGGUUUGGAGACUGGUUCAGAUUCAGAUGUUGUUGAAGAAGUAAUUAAACCAUAUUCCCCAUUAAUUAAGUCAUACUCCCCACCUAAAUCAUAUUCUCCACCUAAAUAUUUGUCAAGUAGUGGAAAAUUUAAUGAGCCUAGAACAUAUGAACAUAAUGUUUCUGAUCAAGAUCAAGGUUUAAAACCUUAUGAUUCAAAAUCGAGAUCUAUUCAUACGAUAAAAGAUAAUAAGUAUAGUGAACCACUCUUUGAUUCUAAUAUUUCUCCAAUACACUCGAUCAAUGAAGAUGUGUGUACGAAAUCAGACACAAAUCAAAGAGAUAUUUUGGCAAAUUAUGAAACACCAUUCCUAUCAGAAUUUACGAGGAGACUUAGUUCAAGGUCUACUAAUUUACCAUCUUCUUCUUUAUCUAGCUUAAAAAGUCCAUCAUCGCGUUUUACAUCAAAUUUACCAGAUCUAAAAGAAAAAGAUUCAAAUGGUCAUUUUUCUUCCCUAAGAUCGUUAUAUCCAACAUCCAGUUCAAGUUCCAGGCAUACAACAUCAUUCGCCGACAGAUCUCGAGAUACAGUGAAUAGAAUGUUUAAACCAUCAUCUACAAAUAGGGAAGAUAUACGAAAUAACCACAAUAUGGUGUCUGUAAUUUUGGUAGUGGUACUUGCUUUAUUUUUCGGGAUUCUUGCUGUUAUAUACAUGGGACUUGGUGGAAAAGCAGAGACCUUUCCAUCACUUUCAACGGAUAGCAACAUACCAUUAUGUUUUGUUGGAGAUGACCGUGAAGCGCCUGGAGCUAGCUGUGUAAUGAAAGAAAAUGUAGAUUCUGUAUUACAAUUGUUGAAGCGACUUCAACCGAUUUUAACGAAAAAGGCUGUGUCCAUGAUAUGCGACAAUUCCAGUGAAACUCCUUAUUUGACCGAUUCAGAGAUCAUGCAAAUGUUUACAAAUAAUAAAGUGAGGAGUUUAGAGGUAAAAGAAGAUUUGCAAAACGCACAAUUACUCGUCAUAAAGAAUCCUAAAUGGGGCAUUUCUCUCAUAGAUAUAAGUGACGAUAGUGGAAACUCUGGUGAUAUUUUGGAUUCUUUGGAUAAAUUAUUUUCUACUCGUCUAAGUGGGAAAGUCGGAAUGGUGAUUAUGAAUCCUGAGUUGCCGAUGCAAUGUCUUAUCAAGAAUAAGCUUUUCACCAUAUUCUCCUCCCUUCUAAUUGUGUCACUUGGCGUCCUAGCAGCUAUAGGGAUGCAGAAAUUAUUCGUUUGGUAUAUAAGGUAUAAGAAAAGUACCGAGAGAGAAGUGUUUAAACUUGUUAGUGACAUUAUUAACAUGGUCGAGAUGCACCAUCAAAAUGCGGCAGUUGCAUCAUCUGGCGGCACUACGCAAGAAAGUUUUCUUGCCAUAAAUCAUGUACGUGAUAAUCUUAUACCCCCAAAAGAUCGAAAAAAGAUGGCUGGACUUUGGGAAAAAGCAGUUAAAUUUUUGGACGAAAAUGAAUCCAGAAUUCGAAGAGAAGUACAACAGGUUUCGGGGGAAGAAUUUCAUGUGUGGCGUUGGUUACCUAACAACAGUCUUAACAAAUCAAAUAGCCAGAAUUUUGUUCUAAAUAAAAAGUCUAAAGUAUGGCAAGGUCAAGCAUUUGAAACAAUGGAAGGUUCUGUCAAUAGUUUGACUUGUUCGCCGACACCUUGCUUGAAGAUAAGGCAUAUGUUUGAUGCUGAUGUAGAGUUUGAAGAUGAUUGGGAAACAAAGGUACAAGAUGCUAUUUUAGAGAAAUGCGGAGAGGGCGUGAAAAUUCUUCAUAUCCGUAUAGAUCGUGGUAGUCGAGAAGGUUGUGUAUACAUGAAAUGUAUGUCACAAGAAGAUGCAGGGAAAGCUUAUAGGGCUUUACAUGGAUGUUGGUUUGAUGGUCAUUUAGUAACUGUGAAGUACCUGAGAUUGGAGAGAUAUUACGAAAGAUUUCCAGACGCACGUCGUUGUACAACGCCGUUGAAGCCAAGUAAUAAUCAACGAUUAUCUAUGCAAGCUGAUUACUAGUAGAAAUGCCAUGUGGAUGUAAAAUGACAAAAUACCUCUUUGCUUGUAUACAUAUGAAUAACAAGCAGAAUUUGAAUUUUCGCCGCUGAAAUGAUUGUUUGCGGACCAGAAUUCGUGAGACUUCUAUUUUUUGCUCUAUAAGAGUAUAGAACUUCAUACUAUCGCGCAGAAAUAUAGAGUCUGUGAAGAACUCGCAAUUGUGUGAUAGAAUUCUAAGAAUCGAAUAAGCAAAGACUUUUUUAUAAGCAUUUUCAUUUUGAUUUUGUAACGUGUAUAUUAUUAUGUUCUAUCACCUUUUUUAAGGUAAGAAAGUCGAAAAAGAAUACGAGACUCAACGAUUAUACUAUUUAUAAUACUGCUGUAAAGUAAGUGUGGAGACGUAAUUUUCAGCGCUGCAUUUUGUAAAAGUUUUUCAAGUAGCAAUAUACAAUGUUGAUAAUAUGUAUAUCUAAA